GACUGUCGCCCCAGCAUUCCGGACAGCCACAGCGCCUGGCCUCAGAGAAGAGCAAACGAACUUUGAACUAGGAACGUUUUUGGUCAAUGGGCUAAUCUGCCUUGCUUUGGCUCUUGAUUAUGAGUUAAAGCCCUGCACUGUUUUCCCUCCCCCCGAACCUCCCGAGGUGCCUGAGCGCGGAGCGGAGGCUGCCGAGGCCUCCAGGGGCGGGAGGCGGCCGCCGGGCCGGUCCUCCGGGAGCCCGCGCCCCGCCGCGCGGGAGUCCGUGCCCCCGGAGGUGGAGGGCGCUCGGGGCGCACGCAGCAUGCAAUCGCUCAACAUCACUCCGGAGCAGUUCUCCCGGCUGCUGCGGGACCACAACCUAACGCGGCAGCAGUUCAUCUCGCUCUACGGGCUGCGGCCGCUCGUCUACACCCCAGAGCUGCCCGCGCGCGCCAAGCUGGCCUUCGUGCUCACCGGCGUGCUCAUCUUCGCCCUGGCACUCUUUGGCAACGCGCUGGUGGUCUACGUGGUGACCCGCAGCAAGGCCAUGCGCACCGUCACCAACAUCUUCAUCUGCUCCUUGGCGCUCAGCGACCUGCUCAUCGCCUUCUUCUGCAUCCCGGUCACUAUGCUCCAGAACAUCUCCGACAACUGGCUGGGGGGUGCCUUCAUCUGCAAGAUGGUGCCAUUUGUCCAGUCCACCGCUGUCGUGACAGAAACGCUCACGAUGACCUGCAUUGCUGUGGAGAGACACCAGGGCCUCGUGCAUCCUUUUAAAAUGAAGUGGCAGUACACCAACCGCAGGGCCUUCACCAUGCUGGGGCUGGUCUGGCUGGUGGCCGUCAUCGUAGGAGCUCCCAUGUGGCGUGUGCAGCGACUUGAGAUUAAGUAUGACUUCUUAUAUGAGAAGGAACACGUCUGCUGCUUGGAAGAGUGGAGCAGCCCUGUGCACCAGAAAAUCUACACCACCUUCAUCCUUGUCAUCCUCUUCCUCCUGCCGCUCAUGGUGAUGCUUAUCCUGUACAGUAAAAUUGGCUAUGAACUCUGGAUAAAGAAAAGAGUUGGGGAUGGCUCGGUGCUUCGAUCUAUUCAUGGAAAAGAAAUGUCAAAAAUAGCCAGGAAGAAGAAGCGAGCUGUGGUUAUGAUGGUGACAGUGGUGGCUCUCUUUGCUAUGUGCUGGGCGCCUUUCCACAUUGUUCACAUGAUGAUCGAAUACAGCAACUUUGAGAAGGAAUAUGACGAUGUUACAAUCAAGAUGAUUUUUGCUAUAGUGCAAAUAAUUGGGUUCUCCAAUUCCAUCUGUAAUCCAAUUGUUUAUGCAUUUAUGAAUGAAAACUUCAAAAAGAAUUUUUUAUCUGCAGUUUGUUAUUGCAUUGUAAAAGAAACCGUAUCCCCAGCACGAAGGCAUGGAAAUUCAGGGAUUACAAUGAUGCCGAAGAAAGCGGUGUUUUUCCGGAAAGAGAAUCCAGUUGAGGAGACCAAAGGAGAAGCCUUCAGUGAUGGCAACAUUGAAGUCAAGUUGUGUGAACAACCUGAAGAGAAGAAACAUCUCAAACGACACCUUACCCUCUUUAAUUCUGAACUUUCUGAGAAUUCUGGUUUAGGCAGUGGGCAUUAAUUAUAACUGUCUUCAUAAUUCAUGCUAUUCAUAGCUGAAUCUGAAAAUUAUUUUGAGCAAAAGUUAAAGACUUGCUUUUUAUCUAAAGUCUUCUCCAUGUGCACUCAGUGUAAUGUGGCUUUCUAUUUAUUGCUAAGUUGGAUGAGAUAGCUUAACACUUGUAUUUUUUUUCUUGACUAAGUUUAAUAGUUGAACACUAUAAUUUUUAGUGCACCAUUGAAGGUUGGUGAUAGUCUCUUGCAAAUGAAGUCUGUCCAAUAAUCAUAAAGCCAAAGACAGUGAAGAAAUAGCAAAGUGGCAGCUUAGAUUUAGAGGCAGAUGCCUGGGUUUAAGCUUCUUACCCGUCACCAUGGUUUGUAGUGACUGACCAGUCACUCAACCUCUUGAAUUCUCCUUUCCUUCGUCUGUAAACUGGGGUGGUUCCUCCUACACCAGGAAAUUGCUACCAGAACAAAAUGAGAUAGCAGUGGGAAUGCACUUUGCAUUCUGAAGCACCCAAGUUCUGAAGCAUUAUUAUAGUUCUUCAUGUCUCGGUGCAGCCCCAUCCCAUAUCUGUUCUCUUUUCCUUUCUGAGACUUGACCUCAACCCUAUUCAACUUUUCACAUGUGCCUGUUUUGUAGCUAGUUUCUUUCAUCAAAAGAGGAAUACUCCUGGGAUCCUCAUUCAUAAGUUGACUAUAAUAUAUUUUGGAGAAGGAAAAGGCAACCCACUCCAGUAUUCUUGCCAGGAAAAUCCCAUGGGCAGAGAAGCCUGAUGGACUCCAGUUCAUGGGGUCACAAAGAAUUGGACACAACUGAGUGUGACUAAGCACAUAAUAUAUUUAGGCCAAUCUAGCUAUAUCAAAUAUUUAUAUUUUUAAAACUUUUAUUUUCUAUAGUGGGAUGAAAGACUUUUUGUCAUGUUAAAGGGCUUUUAGGCAUAGUUAGUGAGAAUCAGCUGCAAGUCCAUGACAUUUUAUCAUGCCCCAAACUGACCCCCAAGAGAGCUAGGUCAGGAAGAACAACAGAGUUCCUCACCUGUAUUCCUGACCCAAUUCUCCCCUGACCUCAGCCCGUCUCCUUCUUACUUUUUCCUCUUGCUCCCAAACGUCAUGGUCCCAGUGGUCACCCUCACCACACCCUGUUGCUCCCUCUGCAUUGUCUGCGCUUCCCAGAGUCCAUUCGUCACAGCCACGUGGCCAAAGAGCUUCUUCUGCUCCAACGCUGCUUCUUCCAGCCAGGUAUUAGAAAGGAAGGAGAGCUCAAAAAUCCUUAAGGUAUUUCACUUGUAGAGCGUUCAGGUUUGGGAACCAAUGAAUUCAGGCCACUGAUAUCUUUCAAGAUGUAGACAUUUAAUUUUAUAUGUAUGUUAAUGUGAGCAUGGUUUUUAAAAAAAAAAACAGAUGAAACUGUGUGAUACUGAGGGAAAUGUUAAUAUGACAGAAGAAAAUUAAUAGUCAAGAGGGAAAACUGAUUAUUUGGUUGUGUUAAAAUAGCCUCACUGUGGGUUAUUUAUGUAUGCUGUUCUCCUGUUUUCCCUAGUUACCCUGUAGCAAAACAGUGAUUAUCAUUAUGCCAUUAAAAAUAAAUCAUAUUCACUGA